AUGUCUGUAUUGCAAUUGCUGGUGCAGUGGGCCGCGAGCACCGACGACGCUCUUUUCCACAGCGACGGCACGACGUACUUGGCGUGUACGUCGUACAACUGCGGUCUCUGGAUGCUGCUCCACCGCAUGAGUCUCUCGCCUGUCGCGGCUCGCCUCGCACCGGCGCUGCAGCUGUUCAUGCAGCACUUUGGGCACUGUCCGCCGUGCCGUGCCUUCCUAGAGAGGUACCAUUCGAUCGAGACACUGGAGAUACUCCAGCACGCGCCGCAAGCCGCGAUCACUUUGCGACUGCACAACGCCAUCAACAGCGUCGCGCGCUCGGCGUGGCCUUCACAAGACGAAUGCCCGCAAUGCGUACAGUCAUGA